CUCCGCUGCCGCCAGCUUCCAUCCCCGGGGCCGCGCCGACCUCGGCGCGCUACUUCCCGCCGCCGAGGAGAAGCCCCUCCACAAAGGAGGGAGGCAGCGGGAGGCGGGGGACACGCACACGCCCGGCCGCUCCGUCCGGAUGCGGUGAGCCCCCCGCCUCGCCUCCGGGGCCGCGUCAGCGCGGGAGGGAAGAAGAGGAGCAGCGGCGGCGGCUCUCCGGCUGCCACCAUGGGCUGCUGCACGGGGCGCUGCACGCUGAUCUUCCUCUGCUCGCUGCAGCUGCUGGCAGCAUUAGAGAGGCAGAUCUUUGACUUCCUUGGUUUCCAAUGGGCUCCUAUCCUUGGCAAUUUCCUACAAAUAAUAGUUGUCAUUUUGGGUUUGUUUGGAACCAUCCAGUUUAGGCCUCGUUAUAUAGUUGUGUACACGGUGUGGACUGCCCUGUGGGUCACCUGGAAUGUUUUCAUUAUCUGCUUCUAUUUGGAAGUAGGCGGACUUUCCAAGGAAACGGAUCUCAUGACCUUUAACAUCUCAAUGCACCGCUCUUGGUGGCGGGAACAUGGACCCGGCUGUAUACGAAGGGUGGUUCGUCCUUCUGCCCCUGGUGUCCUAGAGGAUUACUCCUAUGUCUCCGUGACAGGCUGCAUCAUUGAUUUCCAGUAUCUAGAGGUCAUUCACAGUGCUAUCCAAAUACUCCUCUCUCUGAUUGGAUUUGUGUAUGCCUGUUACGUGAUCAGUAUUUUCAUGGAGGAGGAGGACAGCUUUGAUUUCAUAGGCGGACUUGACACAUACUCCUACCGACAGCCCCCCCAGGAACAUGUUGAGUUAAAGCCUGUAAAGCCUAUAGGUCGAAGUAAGUAAUGAACAUGGACUCAAGACUUCUGCUGCUGUAGCUGAAGAAACAGAUUUUAGAAGAAAAGACCAACCUUGUGACUCAUUGUUCUGGAAGAAACCCACCAUCCGUUCCUCACGGCAUGUGGAAUGUUCUUCCCACAGGCUCAGUGUCAUUAUCAGCGUUGUUAUUUCGUAGAUCCUUGUAGAUGAUCUUGAAUUUCUGAUUACUUAUAAGGACACUUGUAAAUUGUAAAUUUUUUUCUUUUUUAAUUUCAAUAUUUUUACAACGUUUAGUGUUGAGGCAUGAAAACAAAACAACCUGUGAAAACUAGAAGGGUGUGUCUUUCUAAAAAAUGUCAGUAUUUUUUGACUGAUGGGAUCAUACUGUGCCUGGUCAAGAUUGUGUAAGUUAAUAGUAGUUUUGACUCCAAAAUAUGCAGCAGGAGUCAAAUCCUAACAGUGUACAAGAGAUCAUUUUAAUGCUAUAUUUAGAAUUCACAAUGUCCACUCCUUGCAUUGUUUGAACUGCUGAAUGCGGUAGGAAUUAUCUAUGACUCUUCUUACCCAGAUGUUCAAGCACUAACAUACUCACCUAAUUAUAGCAAUUCAGAUAUGAUUCCUUUUCCUUUCAUAGUCUCUUUUGCCCUGACUCCACCACCAGAAGCUAUCUCUGAUUUGAAGAGAAGUAGGACGACCGCUCUAUGGGUGUCAGUCUCUAGGAACCUUUACAUCCAGGGCUGUUUUGAUGUCUGUGAUUUGCACAUUUUUAAACUCCUUUCCUCCCUUCUCCCAGGAAGAAGCCAAGCAUGAAUGUACAGUACAAGGUACCAACUGAAGCCUUAGAAGCCUCUGGGGACUAAUUUUUCUCUUAAUUUAAAAGUAAACAAGCAAAACUGAAAAUGUGUGUAAAAAUUUGUAAAGUUAUUUGUAAAUACUUCUAGACAAAGAACAUGUAUGUAACUGUGGUAUUUUGUUUUCUAUUCUGUCACCACUAGCAUAAAGUGAUACACAAAGCUAUUUUCUCUUGAGAACUGGCAGUCUUUUUAACAGAACAUUUUAUUUUUUUCUUCUUAAUUACAAUACAAAGUGCUGUGUAGAUUUGUAUGCCCCAGAAAGUCAUGUGUCUCUACAGAACCUCUGUGUCUCCAUUGGGGUUUUGGGACUGUUUGUGGUUUUGCACUAUUUUAACUUCAUGGUUUCUUUGGGGGGACUGUCAGGAAGGACCUUCCUUCUGGUGUGUGUUUCAUUACCUCUCCACCAGAGACUGAACAGAGGUCCUUCGAGUUCCUUCAUAAAUACCCUAGGCAAUCUUCAGCUGAUCUAAACAUUUAGAUCCUAAAUUUGCAGUCUUCUCUUGUAUUGUGUAUUGUCAAGUCUGAGCAGGUGAGAGCUAGACAAAAGCUUGUCUUGAUCUUUUCCCUCCUAAAAUCUGUGUUAUUUACCAAUAUGAAUCUAUUGGGGAUGGUAAGAAAUACAGUGGAAGUAGAGUCUAUCAUUUUCAGGCAGCAAGGGUCUUGUGAUGCAUCCAUCUGCUUUCCAGCUAGUUAACUCAAAGAUGUCACCAACUUCGGAGAAAACACAACCUGAACUUGGAUUAACCUUCCCUGAAGCUGAGUAUGAAGUAAGUAUUAAGAGAAAGACAACAAGAAAGGGCAACUGAAAAAGAACCUUUAGUAGUAUUUCUGAGACUGGAUAUACCUCAGAUGGUAUGACUGUGUGUGAAGUCAGAUUGGGCCAGAAAGAGGGAUACUUUGUAUGAAGAUGCCAUCUGUUCUCAUGUAUUUGUGUGUUCCCUCAUAUGCUCUUUUCUCCUAUAUUCUAGAAUAUUGCAAAGUACCAGGUUUGUCCUAUCUUGAAAACCUCAUCUUAGCACUAAAACCCAAGUACUAUGUCACAAAAUUAAUAGGUAUAAUAUAAUUUUUGAGGCAUCAUGGAAAAGA